AUGGUGCGAAAACUAGACAUUCCGCUACGCAGGGCUUUUGAGACGAACAAGGACGUAGGACAGCCCCGAGUCCAGAAAUCGAUAAACUCCGUCAAGCUGCCUGAUACCUCUCACGAGAAGAUUACAGAUAACCAUCUCGUGAAGUCAGUCGCGCAACAGGCCGCGGAAAGCCACCCUGCACGUCAGGUGUGCGAUAACAUUUUGCAGACUCAGGGUACCGCAGCGUCAACCUCUGCCCCAUCCGCUCUGAGUACGGAAGUGCUCGUAGCCCUCACUGAGAUCAGAAACUCUGUGACAGCCAUCGCCAAAGACCUAGAGAGCCACAAAUCGGAAGUGGGUCGUUGUCACGUCACUGUGCCCACAGCUGUCUCUCCCGUCUCUAAAAGUAAGGGAAAGAUCGGUAAUUCUCCAUCUCCAACUGACCUCAUCCUCAUUGGAGCGCUUAAUCUCGCUAGGGAAAGUAUAAAUCUUCAAAAAGCGAAGUCCCCGCCUCGUAGUAAAUCCAAACGAAACGAACAAAGUCAGCUUUUAGACACUCUUGCUGAGAUCGGUCAGUCACUGCGUGCUUUGAAAAAGCAAGAAGUGUGGAAAGACAAUUUGGUUUCUGCCGAGGAAUCUGUGGUUAUAUCGAAAGCCCCAAGGCCCGCAGUAAAGGACGAGUUAGGAGGCUCGCCAAAGAAGCAAACACAGGAUCAGAUCAAGCUAUCAGAAAACCCUGCGGUGGGUUGCUCGGGAUGUGCCAGCCGGUCAGAGGAUACCAUCAGACAGAGUGUACGCCUCUCUGAAGACGCCAAGACUGAGGACAGUGAUUCCGAUCAAAAGACGCUCAGUACAGAAUCUGUUAGACUUUUCAGUCAGAGUUCAGUGCAGCCGGCGGAAACAGAGAUUAAAAAACAGUUUGCGAAUGCAGAGGACGAUCGACCCAGUCAACCAUCUAAGCAUACACCUCUGGAUGUUAUCUACUGCUUAACUGGGCAUACACCUGCAGCAGCCUCACCAGGCUACAGUUAUCAAAGGCACUCAAGCUAUGUCUGGCAACCGAACGCCUUUUCACCGGCUGUUGCAGGUUAUGCCAUGAUGAUGAUGCCAAUGGUGGUUGGAGCCUGGGCAACCCCCGCUGUCGCCCCAACGAUGGUCAGGCCGCCUGAAGGACAUUGUGGUGAGUACUGCCCAGCAGACCCCCGAUCACGGGUAUUCCCACCGUUGGUCCAACACCCCAGACCCCAACAGACUUCACCGGUAGCCGAAGCACUUCCCCAGAACCGUCUAGCCUCCGAAUACACGAGACUGGACUACUCAAGACAACAGCCCCCAACACCUGCUGUUCAGCAAAUGAGGAAGGACACGGUAUCGCAUUCAGAGAAAUUGCCAUCAAGCAAGGAUUCCUCGCGCGCAAAGCCCUCAACUGGGCGUGGAACUGUCACUGACCUGAAGCCGACCAAGACCUUGGUCAAAAAGGACCGACGAGAUUCAUUGGGCUCUAGUGACGCCAGUCUUAACCGUGGGCAGGCUAAUCACUGCGCUUUAAAGCUUUCCUGCUUUUGCUGA